AUGGAGAUCCCCGCUACAGACCAAGCAGAUGAGUCAUGCGCAUUGCAGAGCAAAGCCUCGGACCACGUGACGGAGAAGCUGGAGACCUCGGAGGAGCCACUUGCAGCAACGCAAGCAGCAACGCAAGUGACGUCCGAAUCCGGAAGUGGUGCAACACAUUCAGCUCCUCCUCCCCCGUCAGGCAUAAGGGCAAAGGGCUGGCGAAUCACCGCCAUCAAGCCUUCUGAAGAGAUGUGGGCAUGGGAUGUGAAGCAGGUGCAGUUCCUGACCGACACAGGUGACAAACUCAUGCCAUCGCCUUUCGGAUGCUCAGUUGUUUCCAGUGGCACGGCUGAAGGCGACGGAUGGGAACCUGAGAAUGCGUUCAGGGACGAUAUUGAUGCGGCAUGGGGCGGUCGCAAGGAUAGGAGUGGAAGCUUCUACAUUGGGCUCCAUCGUUGCCCCACUGCGGUGAAGUUGGGGGAGGUGAAGCUUCAACAAGAGCCUCAUCCGUCGAGCCCACCUGUUGACAAGGUGAAGAUUGAAUUCACCAUGGAUGAUGUCGGUGCUCAAUGGCAUAAGUUCUGCGAGGUGUCAAUCAGCCAAAACAGCUUGGAGACGAUAUGGUUUCUCGGAACUCUCUAUUACGUUGAGGCUUGCCACAUGUGCAAUAAGAACUGGUGUGCCGGACCGUACAUGCAGCACGACACCUACGUUGAAGUUGAUCAUGUGAAAGGACCUUCCUUGGCAGAUGCGCCCGCGGGCUGCGGCGUGAUCACCUCCGAUACCAGGAUGGCCCGCAACCCCGAGACAGGAGCAAUCUACGCCCUGGUUCCUUUCACGUCGAAAACUUCAAGCCCAUGUGAUUGCACCACGGAGUGGAUGAGCGGACAUGUUCAUGUGGGCCUCAAUGGUUGUGCGGCUCACAACCAUGAUGGGCAAAUGUGGUGCUACGUUGUCGGAGGAAGGAACUGCUGGCAGGCAACAAGGUCUGAGCGGUUUCCUGGCGCAUAUUAUAUUACUGGGUGCACGCCUUCCAUUCAGUCCACUCCAAAACAGGUACUUGGCCGCCCAUUAACCCUGAACGGCAAGACCUUGCUGGCUGCUGCCACUGCAACGCGUGAGUUCAAGGAUUUGGCUGAUGGGUGGGGAUUCCCCGCCAGUAACUUGGGUCACCCAAUGCUGUCAGCAGUGAGCGGCAGAGCUGCGCGUAUGCCUCAGGAAUUGCUGGAGGAAGCCCUGCGUGGCUUUGGCGCCGGAAAUCCAUUCCCAGAGGCAACCGGCACUCUGGCGAUGGAGUCGCAACUCCCGCACAUGCUUGCUGUGGCACAAGCGGAGCUUGCCAGUGCGGGUCCUGAGGAGCGUGAGCAUUGGAAGGAAGCGGGCUUGGCAGAGCAUGCGUCAGUUGGUUCCUUUGCGAAACUUUGCUUGGAGUUGCUUGUUGCAGGAGCACCGCCAAGGUUGUUGCGCCGCGCCAUCAAGGCACAGGAGGAGGAACUUGUGCAUGCUCAUCUGGGCGACCUCGCCAAUGCUACCCAGACAGAUGGCCACGGUGGCUUUGCCAUCGAACGCUUGGACCUCCCAGAACACAGCUUUGAAGUACGGCGUGACUUAGUUGCGCUCCGAAAUGCCGCCAUCGAGGAGGGUCUCAUCGGCGAGGGCCGUGCGGCGCUUCGGCUCUUCCAGCGCUCCCUUGAAACUCUGCAUGGCCAGAGCGAGGGUAAGCUGGAUGGCCGCGAGGUGUUGUCGGAAGGCCGCCGGGCUCUUGCGAAGAUCGUUUGGGCGAUUGCGAACGAUGAGGCGCGCCACGCCGCAUUGGCCAUGGAGACCAUUGAGUGGCUUUCGGGGAGAGACAGCAGACCACAGGCACAGCUGCCCAAAGUGCAGAUCAGCUCAGGGACUGUGGUCGUGCAGGAGGCUGCAUAA